AUGAGAAGGGCGGACGCCGAAACAAACAACAAGGAAUCUGUAAUCGAACUAAGCCUCUGGAAGAGACCCCCUUCUUCAACACUCGGAAACGGGCUCCCUCAUCAGGCACAGCUUAUCAACGACCAGCUUCCUCACAGCUUGUCUGAUGCUUCUGGACUGCAGAGACUCCCCGAUGAAAUAUUGUCGAUGAUCAUUUCCUGGCUCUCGAAGGGGGAUAGCGAAGGCGGCGUUGCUUUCUUUGCCUUGCGGCAGGUUUCUCGGCAGUUCCGACGCCUGACAGAAGGCGCCGAGUUCCAAGACCACUAUUUCUCCACCCAUUAUUGCUGCAAGUGGUGUUCUAGUGGCUUUCAAGAUUUGUCGAGUCCUGAAAGAGAUCCGUGGCAGGUCCGCCAUUGCUUCGAGUACAACGCGCGAUUCCCGGAAUUGAAGGCUGGAGUUGGGAAGCUUAUGCGAAAGGAUUACGCUUGCGAAAGCUGCCAGAGGCUCAGGAAAUUAUCGGUUAUCUGCAAGUUUCAAGCGCUCUACCUCUACUCGCGGUCGUCAUGGUCAAAGUGCGACCCCUGUGGCGUUGACCAUCCUAACGCGUGUUUUGCCAAAUGGCAGCGCGUCAAGCCCAAGAGUGUCUGCAUUGGGAGACAAGGCCAUAUAAGACUUUGUGCUCAUAAAACACUGACCUGGGACGAUAUAAAGAGCCGCAUCGACGAGGGGCAGGAUGGCGAAGGGCGGAUAUUGGUGGGGAGCUGCGACCAUGAGGAUCACUCUGAACCUUGUAGCGAAGGCAAAGGUCCGCAGGCGUUUGCCACGAAGCUUCCAAGUGGGAUGACUGUGAUUCUUAUCUUCUGGAGAGGACAUUCUGGCGGUGACCCAUCCGUCUUUCAUCCGAGUGGCUAUUUGUAUAAGACAAAACUUAGGGAGGCCAUUCAGAACAUCCGACUACAGGGAGGUCGACAUAUGGUACCGCAACGAGGAGUCAACUCUUUGGCAGAAUGGGAUUCUAUCACCGAAAUCGAUGGAUCAGAGUCUAUCUCGCCAGACCUGAUCAAACUUCGCGGCGGCUGGGCAUCCCAAGACCCCGGUCGCCCGCACGCCUGCAGCCCAUUCCGCACCUUAAAGAUGGCUUGCGGUCAUUGUGAGAAGGAAAAGGGUUGCAUCGUUAUGACCUAUCUCAGAAGGAUAUGCUUCAACAUGCCAGAGGCAAACGGGGGAGGCCUACCCCAUGAUUGGUUUCACGCCAUGGAUACAGCCUCUUACGAGUAUUCUGGCCACCAUGGUGUCCCUGAGACUUGUCGUCAUAUGAGCUGUCGUUAUCACUACGGCGAGGGGAUGGUGACUAGCUAUCCUGUGCUUAAUAAGAUGGACACAAAUCCACAAGACACAGAGCUGCUAGAGCAGCUAUUCCUUGACAUCCCAAUAAGCGAUGUCCUUCAUCCUAGGGAGGGAGGUCCAGUCUUCGAGCCCUGGGCGAGUGACUACGUGAAUGCCAUUCGCGAGUCCAGAUUCGGCGACGCAAUCUGGGCGCGGUACCAAAUGCUCGGACAGACAGUUAAUGGGUUAUGCAGAGGGAAGACCAUCAUUGAGAGGAUCACUGAAGAUGCGAUGGGCUACAAGAAAUACUCAUCCGAAUUCUACGAUGAGGCCGUCGCCUUUUACAGGGCUAACAACAGCAGCUCCGACGGCCAUCCCGAGAUAAUUGAGAUUAUCUUGCGGGUCGACACCGAAGACCUUACCGGGAAGCAUAUCCCUGAGGACGGCUAA